AGGAAAAACACUAAAGGGGUAGCUAUGGAGAUGGAGCGUUUUCCUGGCUGCUUUCUUUGACAGGUGUUGAGUGGGGCAAAAGUCUUAAAACAGAAUCCAGCAUGUACGCCAAAGGUAAAGGAGCUGUCGUCCCUUCCGAUAGCCAGGCGAGAGAGAAGUUAGCUCUAUAUGUGUACGAGUAUUUGCUGCAUGUCGGUGCACAGAAAUCAGCACAGACCUUCCUGUCAGAGAUCCGAUGGGAGAAGAACAUCACACUUGGGGAACCACCGGGAUUUUUACACUCAUGGUGGUGUGUAUUCUGGGAUCUGUACUGCGCUGCCCCGGACCGGAGGGAGACAUGUGAACAUUCCAGCGAGGCCAAGGCUUUCCAUGACUAUAGUGCGGCCGCUGCCCCCAGUCCAGUGAUGGGCAACAUGCCACCCAACGAUGGCAUGCCAGGGGGACCCAUGCCCCCGGGCUUCUUUCAAGGUCCACCAGGAUCUCAGCCUUCCCCUCACGCGCAGCCUCCCCCGCACAACCCCAGUAAUCCCAUGAUGGGACCUCACGGACAGCCAUUCAUGUCUCCGCGGUACCCAGGUGGCCCAAGGCCCGCCCUCCGUAUGCCAAAUCAGCCUCCUGGGAGCAUCCCCGGGUCACAGCCCCUCCUGCCAAACAGCCUGGACCCCACCAGACCUCAAGGACAUCCAAACAUGGGAGGCCCGAUGAGAAUGAAUCCCCCCAGAGGAAUGGGAGGCAUGGGUCCACAGAACUACGGCGGAGGGAUGAGACCUCCUCCGAACUCCAUGGGGCCAGGGAUGCCGGGGAUGAACAUGGGUCCUGGCGGAAGAGGUCCAUGGCCGAACCCCAACUCAAACUCAAUAGCUUAUUCAUCUUCAUCUCCAGGCAACUACGUGGGCCCUCCAGGGGGAGGCGGCCCGCCAGGAACUCCCAUCAUGCCUAGCCCCGGAGAUUCAACAAACUCAAGUGAAAACAUCUACACAAUGAUGAACCCCAUCGGCCCUGGUGGAAAUAGACCUAAUUUCCCAAUGGGACCGGGUCCAGACGGGCCAAUGGGUGGAAUGGGUGCUAUGGAGCAGCAUCAUAUGAACGGGUCACUAGGCUCUGGUGACAUGGAUGGGUUGCCAAAGAAUUCUCCCAACAACAUGGCAGGCAUGAACAAUCCCCCCGGCACUCCGCGGGAUGACGGCGAGAUGGCAGGCAACUUUUUAAACCCAUUCCAAAGUGAAAGUUAUUCACCCAACAUGACGAUGAGUGUGUGAUUUUUUUUAUUUUAUUUUAUCCUUUUAUUUUAUUUCUUUUUCAUCUCCCCUUAUCCCAAUCUCCCUCUCCCAUCUGCCCUGGUGCGUCUUGCAUUACACCCCCUUCCUUCCUUUCUUCCUACCUCCUCCUUGUGGAUGGUGUGCUGUGCCACACAGCCCCUGAGGAUACCCAUGGAAAGCAGGACUCCCCUCAAGGCCCCCCAUCCCAAUGCCUGUAAAAUGGGUGUAAGAACAUGAAACGGCCUCCAAGCAACAUGAAGGGUCACCGCUCCGCUUCUCCUCGGCUGCCAGGCCCCAACAAGGGCCCUCGGACAGUGAUAACUCCACCUGCUCCAAGCCUGUCUCCCAAAUCCAAAGCCGCCACUAUGGGUGGCAUUACAGCCCAAUCGAGAUGCCCCCUUGUAUCUACUACUACCCCAUUAUAUCAUGCUGAUCAUACCUUACGAGGGCAUGCAGUAGUUGACUGACAGGGGGAGGGGGGUGUAAACACUCAUUCAAAAACUCCUGUGGCAGGAAUGAUAUAAGAAAGAAAAAAAGAUGAACUGGUGAUGUUAUUUUAGGGCAAGAAUGGUUUUCAUUAAAUGUUUGUAUUUUUUGUUGUUGAUGAUAAUAUUAUUGUUAUAAUUUUCAUAAUUGAUAUUAUUCUACUAAUGUAGUUUACGAUUUCCUGUAAAGGGCACAUUUUUAUCUCAGCAGCAGCAUCAACAAUGACAGAAUAAGCACACACUCGAAAAAAUGCACAAUGAUUUUCUGUUUACAUGAUUUUAGGUUAUUUGUUGUUUGUUUCGUUUUGUUUGUCGCGGCCUCAUUUCACGUACCUCGCCGUCAAACUUCUUUCGAACUCGUUACUCGUGUCUUUGCCUUCCAAGUGUUUGUCGCACCAUUUCCAUAAACCUUCAAACCAAGAGCGAUUGGAAGUUUUGAUGAUUUUCACCUAGUGAAGUAGUUUGUGCCGAGGUGUUCGUAUCUCAGCUAAAACUAUCCGUACAGUUACAAUAGUUUCUGUUUCCUGGUACAAAGUGUCUGAAAUCCUGAGCUGAGUGUCAGGACAGGUGCCAGUUCUCACUCGGUGACAGACAGAGAGCGUGUUGUGGAUCCUCUCCUCUCUUCUGUGGAUUUGGUCAUGUCUGUAAAUACAACAUUCAUAGCUUGCAUUGUGGUUGUUUUAUUAUUUGUUAUUUACACGUUGUCUGUGAAUCCUAAAAUGUGGUUCCUUCCCCUUCAUCGCUUUGUUUAAUUUCAGCCUCACUGUGGACUCCUUAAUUGGCACUGUUUUCCUCCCAGGACUCAUGCUGGUCUCUCCUCAGUGUCUCCUUUAUUUUUGGGGGGACUGGGGGAGACUGUGGGACCUCUGAUACACUCAUCAAGCCUGCUUUAAUGCUUUGAGCUGGGGUUGAACUCACAGAUCCUGUAUGAUCCACUUUCUUAACCCAGCAAUAAUGGCUAAAUAACGGUCUCCUUGAAGCUCCCAUCGACUAGUUCCCUCAGCAAGUCCCUUAUGUAUGGGAUAAUGGAUCCAGAGAAUUGGAUGGCUGUAGCAGCGCUGAUGAUGAUGGGAGCAGAGUGAACUACCUUGGGGUUGACAGAACAUGCAGCCACAUUGGUCUCAAGAAGAGGAACAAUAAUCAGAUGCUUUUGUCAUGGAUGUAUUUCCAUUUUUUUUUUUUUUUGUGGAUUGUUUUCAGCAGAUUGUUUUAAUUUUAAUUUUAAAUGUAUUCAAUUUAGGAGAAAAAAACUUAAAGCCCAUAAAAUCUGCACACAAAGAAAAGCAUAGUUACAUAUUACACUAUUUAAGUUGUUUCUUUCUGUAUGUUAUGCACUCUUGGCCUGAUUAACUCACUGUCAAAGACAUGGAUUAUCUCUCAUGGCAUCACACUGCAGCUGUGUUCAAACCAACAAUAAACAACCAGUGUAGCCUCUAUGGGUGAUGGCGGUGUACUUAUCAAUUUUCUGAUAUCAGUGUGAACAGAUUGUACCCAGACUUAAACAUGGACAUUUCCAGGAUUUGGUUGUCAGUGGCCUGGGAACUUUCUCCAGUGUCCCUUCAAUGGAGGGACACACACCUCCCUUCUUUCCUUCUUUCCUCCCACCCCUCACCCCCCAAACCUCUCUCCCUUUCUCUUUGAUUUCCUUUUUUUUGUAAAUACUGUAUAAUGCAUUUUGAUAUCAUUGACAUGUUUUGAUAUGUCAGUCACUACCAAUGAAUACAGCUGAAAGUAAAUUAUAAAUAAAACUGUCCAUGUUUUUUCAUAGAGAAAGGAUGCACUGACUAUUUGGCUCGUGUGGCUAAAUUUCCAUAAAAGUGUAUAGAACACAGUAACACAAUAAAUGCAGACUUUAUGCUAAAGACUUGUUUGGUGGGGAGGAUAGGACAGAGAGAGGACAGGACAGAGAGAAAUGAGCAAAUGAGCUUUGGCGUCCUCACUCUGCCCUUGUCUCCAUAUGCUUCAGAUUAUCCACAGUCAAUAGUAACAUUUGGUUACUAUUGACUGUGGAUAAUCGGCAUCUGAAUCGCUUUUCUAAAGGGCAUCUUCUCAAAGAAAAAACAAAACAUGUGACCUCAUAUUGCAGUUUUUAAUAUGAAGGAUUUUUAUCAAUUUAAGAACUUUUAAAAAGGAAACAAGUACUAAAGAGAACCUCAUUUUAAAUUAAGAAUAGAUUUAAAAAGUAAUACUUAUGGGGGAAAACUGUGUCCUUUGCUAUUUGCUCCUGUAAUAGCUUUGUAUAGAUUGAAGCUCUCUCACUGAUCCUCUCUCAGUCCUCUGUGUAUAUCGAUCGUUGGCCAUCUCUGUACUUCUAUUGUGAUGUAUAAUACUGUACCAUUAGGAAGAUUUGCUGGUCGGGUGGGGUGGUUAUGUUGAUUCGGGGAGGGGUGGGGAAUUUAAGGGAGGGGUAUAUAAAUGAUUCUCCUGUUCCGUUCAUGGUCCUUUCUGAUGACACGGCAGUAUUCAAUAUGAAGCAGUCUGUCUCUUGGGUUUGCUUUGUAUUUCAUGGUAGGAUAGUUCAGAAUCUUGUCUUAGGGACUUAGGUGUCUUGUGUAGUUAAUAAAGAUGUUCUUUGUAUGUUUCUUUAUAUUGUAAAGUUUCUUUAGACUGAAAGAAAGACAGAUCAUUUGCUUAUCAAAAAAGAAACAAUGCAUCAAUAAUAAAUGUCAUUUGAUUUUU